AUGGCUAUUUGGGACGCUAUCAAAGGUCACCAGCUGAUGAUGGAGCGCGGCGGCGUACUGCAUCGCGACGUUAGUAGUGGCAACAUACUCAUCGUCGAGGAUCCUCAGACGCACCCUGCCUCGAAGGGGAUACUGCACGACUACGAUGACAGCUCGAUGACGCUCUACCCCUCCGGCGAGGCCUCCGAGGAUGUGCUUCCUGAACCGCCGCCCCUUCGUCCGCUCGAGCUUGAAGACGAGUUUUUGGGUGUUACGGGCUGCAAAGAGCGCACAAGGUCGUAUCACUUCAUAGCUCUCGACCUACUGGAUCCCAUCGUCACGGACGUCAAUCAUGAUUAUCCUCACGAUCUCGAAUCAUUCUUCUGGGUUCUUCUCUGGAUUAUCCUCCGUCACACCGACCACCGACACGAAAGCCGCGAGGAAGCAUGUAAGCUCACUUUUGAGCUCGGACAUGACGGACGUGCCACGGUUGCCAAGCAGGGAUGGCUCCAUCGCACCCGGAGACUCAACCCUUGCCUCGUGAUCACCGGAAACUCACCUCUCACCGAACUUUUGCAUUCCUUCCAUAAGCUGGUAUACAACGCCACGAUGAAGGAGCUGACCGAGUGUGUCCCACUCACCUACGAUGCCGUCCUUCGUAUCUUCGACACCGCUAUCGAGCGAGACGACUGGCCGGUUGGAGACAAGGCCCUUCCGUACAAGCUGGUCGACUUGCGAACGUGGCCCAGCGUGAUCGAGUCACAAGCCAAGACAGACGAUGAGAAUGACAAGACCAGGAAGCGGCCAUGGGCCCUAGAAAACGACAGCACCCAGAGCAUCUCCGAGGACGAGGUGGUGUCGAUGGUGUCAGAGCUGUACUCGGGUGCGUCCGCCAUGGCGGCGAAGCGUCCAAGGAUGAUCCCCGCGAUGCUCGGUUCCAGCAAGCAAACAGCGGGAGCGUCGACGUCUCGCACCCGAGAUUCUCGUGGAUCGCGUGGAGCGCGUGGAUCCGGCCAGCGUUUUAAGAAGGGAAGGAGCGGGUAA